CAGCUGCUUCAGUCGGUCAGUCAGUCGGUCACUCGCUCGGUUCUUCCCCUCUUCCUCUGAGUGACAGUGACCCGAUCACCCGGAUCCUCUCUCUUACUCUCUCGAUAUCGGAGCAUCGGUUCUUCUCAGUCUGAACACCAGAGCGUUUCAGCCUCGAUCUGUGGAGGAAAUGAAGAUGAAACUGUGAUGCCGCGACCCGACGGUGAGUGACGACGAUCGUGUUAUCAACGGAUUCGGAUCAAGAGCUCGGAUUGACAGAACAUCCAAAGAUGUCCGGUGAAGGACUCGGUUCUGCGCUGACCUCGAGCGCGGAGGUGGACAGCAGGAAAGUGUCACCGAUCAUCUGCGAGGAUGAACUCUCGGGCGGAGGCCGGUACAUACUCGACGGACUCGGCUCCAACCGAUACUUCAUGAUGGGCUCGACGCAGCAAACGCAGGAGAGUUCCUUGUUUCCGUACACGAGCCAGACGGGAGGCGUGUACUCUGGUUCGGACGGAUCGCGGUACGCGGCGUCGCUGCACUACGGCUCCGUGCUUCCCUCCGCGGGCUUCUGUCAGUCUCUGUGCGCGGGACGCGGUGACUUCGGCGCGGGAUAUCAGUUCGGACAGGGUUCUGGAAACAGCUACCACUCGUACCAGGGCUCCGGGUCCGGUAUCGGCUCCGUGGCUCUGUCCGGUACGGCACUCCGAGCUCAGGUGUAUCUGUGCAACCGGCCGCUGUGGCUCAAAUUCCACCGACACCAAACCGAGAUGAUCAUCACCAAACAGGGCAGACGGAUGUUCCCCUUUCUAAGCUUCAAUAUCACCGGUUUGAGUCUGACCACGCAUUAUAAUGUGUUUGUGGAGAUAGUUCUGGCCGAUCCCAACCACUGGAGAUUUCAGGGCGGAAAAUGGGUGACCUGCGGGAAAGCCGACAAUAACAUGCAAGGAAAUAAGAUUUACGUCCACCCUGAAUCCCCGAACACAGGAGCUCACUGGAUGAGACAAGAAAUCUCUUUCGGUAAACUCAAACUAACAAACAACAAGGGAGCGAAUACUACCACCGCACAGAUGAUCGUCCUUCAGUCUCUACACAAGUACCAGCCCAGGCUUCACAUCGUCGAAGUGUCCGACGACGGAAUCGAAAGCUCAGGACGAGACUCGAAGACUCAGAUCUUCACCUUUCCUGAGAACCAGUUCAUCGCUGUGACAGCCUAUCAGAACACUGAUAUCACGCAACUCAAGAUCGACCACAAUCCUUUCGCCAAGGGCUUUAGAGAUAAUUAUGACACGAUGUACACGGUUCCAGAGCGGGAAAGACUCACUCCGUCUCCGUCAGACUCUCCUCGCGCGCGCUACACGAUGCAACCCUUUCUGCAGGACCAGUUUGUCACCAAUCUGACCCCGAGUCGCCUGUACAACACCGAGCGGACGGUUUCGCAGACAAACAGCAUGCUUUCUCCUGCGCUGGAGGACGCUAGCGCUGCUCAGAGGUGGCUGGUCACUUCAGUGCAGCAGACCAGUGGAAACAAGCUGGAGCUGACGGCGUACGAGGGCGAUUACUCCAGCUCGCUGUUACCAUACAGCUUCAAAUCCUUACCUCUGCAGAGCGCACACUCGCUGGGCUACUAUCCAGACGCAGCCUUCACAUCCGUCACCGCUGGAUGGGGCUCCAGAGGCUCUUAUCCCAGAAAAGUGGCGUCCGGAUUGCCCUGGUCCCCCAGACCGAGUCCCACAGAUCUCACAGGCGACCACAUGCUAGAUAAAGACAAAUCUAGGGAAGGGAACACGGUUAGUCAGACUGUGGCCUGGAUGGAGAGCACGCCGUCUUUGAAACCUCUAGACUCUGAGGAACCCAGCAUUUACUCGGUGGUUUGCAAACGGAGACGGGUUUCCCUCGACGAGUCAGGAGCGGAGAACUCUCCCACGGUCAAGUGUGAAGAUUCCAGCGCCUCAGAAACCUUCACCAAGGACACUUCAUCAAACUCCAAGACCAUCGGCUACUACGCCUUCUACGCCGGCAGCUAGAGAAACCUCGGUCUCCCGUCUGAAUGCUUUCAAUCCAUCAGUUUGGCCCUUUUGUAAUUUAUUGAAAUCUCAAACAAAUCGUUUCUGUCCAAAGGUAGAUGAUAUGUCAUUUUGAAAAGGCUGUUGUAUGCAUUAAACCACUGCUGUUUUGGA